UCUGGCAUUAUCUCUGUUCGUUUCUCAUAAAAUUCAAUCUUUGGAACGACCAGGUUGCGAAGAUGGGCAAGGUGUUCGAUGCGGCCGAAGUUGCAAAGCACAAUACAAAAGAUAGUUGCUGGGUGAUUCUGUACGGGAAAGUCACUGAUUUCCUCUCAGAGCACCCUGGUGGUUCCAAGAUAAUUCUCAAGCUCUCGGGUCAGGACGCUACUGAAGAAUACGAUCCCAUUCAUCCUCCGGGAAUUCUGGAGGAGAAUCUCAAACCAGAGGCUUUCUUAGGGACCGUGGACUCCGCCACGUUACCGAAACCCAAGGCUGAUGCUACUGUGGCCCAAGAGAAGAAAGAGGAGGAAGAUGUGCCGAUGGAGGCACUCCUUAACAUGGACGAUAUUGAACAGUUGGCGACCAAGAAAGUUAGCAAGAAGGCGUGGGCCUACUACUACUCGGCAUCAGAUGACAAGAUCACGAAACAAUUCAACACAGACGUCUAUCGAGCAAUUACGCUGCGACCUCGCGUCUUUAUUGACUGCUCGAAAUGCGACUUAGACAUCUCGUGCCUGGGGUACAAGCUCGGAAUACCAAUUUAUGUUUCCCCUGCGGCCAUGGCACGUCUUGGAAACCCAGCUGGUGAGGCGGGAAUUGCAGAAGCGUGUCGCAGUUUCGGGGCGAUGCAGAUUAUCUCUAACAACGCCUCCAUGACUCCGGAGCAGAUUGUCGAAAAUGCUGCUCCCGAUCAGGUUUUCGGAUGGCAGUUGUAUGUGCAGACGAAUCGCAAGAAGAGUGAGGCCCAGCUGGCGCGUGUCAACAAGCUCAAGGCGAUAAAAUUUGUGGUCCUCACUCUCGACGCCCCAGUUCCUGGUAAACGGGAAGAUGACGAGCGGGGCAAUGCUGCAACCGGUGCUGGCCAAGGCGAGAGCGGCGUUGGGAAGCAGCUUUUCCAGGGAACGGACCCGACGCUCACCUGGAGGGACACCCUACCUUGGUUGAAAAAGCAUACCGACCUACCCAUCAUACUCAAGGGGCUCCAGACCCAUGAAGACGCAUAUAUUGCAUCGCUCCACGGUCCCCAGGUCAAGGGUAUCAUUCUUUCCAACCAUGGUGGACGAGCUCUUGAUACUGCGCCUCCGGCAGUACAUACUCUGCUAGAGAUCCGCAAAUAUUGUCCUGAGGUUUUUGACAAGCUUGAGGUCUUGGUUGAUGGCGGUAUCCGACGCGGAACCGACGUUGUAAAAGCUCUUUGCCUUGGCGCGAAGGCCGUGGGAAUUGGAAGGCCCGCUCUGUGGGGUCUGGGAGCUGGGGGUGUCGCCGGUGUCAAGCGCACAUUACAGAUUCUGGCCGACGAGACGUCCACCGCUAUGCGCCUGCUUGGUUGCGAGCGCGUAGAGCAAUUGGGACCUCACCAUGUCAACACUCGCGUGGUCGAGCAGCAGAUCUACGACGGGCCCCCAGGGCUUGAUUACAUCCGCUCAGCAUACCGUGCGAAGCUCUAG